CCGUCCCGUUAACACCGCCGUUACAUAGAGCUCUGGCUUCCCGCGACCUUCCAGGAUUCCCUUUCUUACAGUUCCUGCCACCGAUGUCAAAUAACAGGAUACUUUUUCUGUAAAACGGGACUAGGGAACGAGAAAGCAGUUGAGUUGCAAUCGAAUGAGGCGGCGGCGUGUCCUGAGGUCACCCCAUCAUAAGGACUACCUGGCCUGUGUUGUCCCCUCACUGGAGCAUGCCCUCUGAACUGUCUCUCAGUGCUCAGGAUAUGCUGACAGGGCAGCGGCUGUGUCAGUCCAAAUCCCACCAGAGUUCUGUCCUCUCAGCCCUCAACCAGCAGAGGAAAGACGGCCUCCUCUGCGAUGUUACCCUGGUUGCUGGGGAACAGAAGUUCCAUGCCCACAAGGCAGUCCUGGCAGCAUGCAGCGAUUACUUCCGGGCCAUGUUCAGUCUGUGCAUGGUGGAGAGUGAGGCAGAGGAGGUGACCCUUCAGGGAGUGACCAGUGAGGGUCUGAAGCAAGCCCUGGACUUCGCCUACACCGGACAGAUCAUGCUAGAGCCAGGCAUGAUCCAGGAUGUCCUGUCUGCAGGAAGUCACCUGCAGUUGCUGGAGCUGCUGAGUCUGUGUUCUCACUACCUCAUCCAGGAGCUGAACAGUUUUAAUUACCUGGACCUUUAUCGGCUGGCGGACUUGUUCCACCUGCCAGUGCUAGAGGGCGCUGUUGUGGAGUUCUUGGUGGAGCACCUGUCUGAACUUCAGCACAGUCACCAGGAGGAGGUGCUACUGCUCCCAUACCGCCUACUGAAGGAGGUACUGAAGAGUGACCGCCUAACCUCACUCAAUGAGGAACAGAUCUGGCAGCUGGUUGUGCAGUGGCUGGAGCACGACUGCCGGUACGAGCGCAUGGACGACCUCCUGCAGUACGUGCGCUACGGCCUGAUGGACGCGGCGGCCCUGCACCUCCUGUCGCAGCGCCACCCGCUGGUGAAAGCCAGCGAAGAGGCCACGGCGCUGAUCGAGGAGGCCCUGGAGUACCACCGCGCCGUCUUCGCCCAGCCGGUCCGACAGACCCCACGCACCAAGCCCCGCUUCCAGUCCCUCACUCUCUACAUCGCCGGCGGCCGCAAGCGCGAGGUGUGCCGCGUGCGGGAGCUGCGCUUCUUCAACCCCGCCGAGCAGGAGCACGUUCACAUCGCCGGGGCGUCUAACUGGAGCGAGCUGGCGCCCAUGCCCGCCGGCCGGAGCCACCACUGCGUGGCCGUGCUGGGCCACUUCCUGUUCGUGGCGGGGGGGGAGGUGGAGCACGCCACGGGCCGGACUUGCGCCGUGCGCACCGCCUGCCGCUACGACCCGCGCGGGAACAAGUGGACGGAGAUCGCCCCCAUGAAGGCCUGCAGGGAGCACUUCGUGCUGGGGCCCCUGGGACAGUUCCUCUACGCCGUGGGCGGACGCAACGAGCUCAGGCAGGUGCUGCCAUCCGUGGAACGCUACUGCCCCAAGAGGAACAAGUGGACCUUCGUCCAGUCCUUCGACCGCUCGCUGUCCUGCCACGCUGGCUGCGUGGCCGAUGGCCUGCUCUGGGUCUCAGGUGGAGUUACAAACACUGCUCAGUACCAGAACCGGCUGAUGGUGUAUGACCCUGUACAGAAUCAGUGGCUUUCUCGCUGUCCGAUGCUACAGAGGAGAGUUUACCAUGUGAUGGCGGCCGUACGACGCCAGAUCUACGUGCUCGGUGGGAACGACCUGGACUACAACAAUGACCGAAUCCUAGUCCGCCACAUUGACUCCUACAACAUCGACGUAGACCAGUGGACCCGGUGUGCCUUCAGUCUUCUCACAGGGCAGAAUGAGUCUGGUGUUGCUGUUCACAGCGACAGAAUUUAUGUUGUUGGUGGAUAUUCCAUCUGGACCAAUGAGCCCCUGGCUUGUAUUCAGGUCCUGGAUGUCAGUACAGAAGGAAGAGAGGAAGUGUUCUAUGGUCCAACUCUGCCAUUUGCAUCCAACGGAAUUGCAACAUGUUUUCUGCCCGCCCCUUAUUUUACCUGCCCCAACCUACAGACACUGCAGGUUCCCCAUCACAGGAUUGGAGCUGUGUAACAGUUCCCACUGUCUUACAUCACACAAUUACACACACACACACACACACACACACAUGCACGCGCACACACGCACACGCGCACACACACACACACAUACACACACACACAAACACACACAAAAUGUGUUUGCAUCUGCUGUACUUAGGUGUGACAUACUGAGGAGAACUACAUCUCCCAGGAGGCACCAGGGUGGCAUUGACUCUCCAGCUCCAUGGCGGAUGGCGGUAUGAGUGAUGUUUACACAUGACGUAAGCAGCCAUCAUCAUCUGAAGACAUGACAACAUAACGACUGGAGGACCAAACAUGAGACACAGGCUGCAGCUGUUUGCAUUGGUGCCUUCAAAAGUAUCACAAGGGCCAAGUGAGCCAGUGAGCUUCUGUGUCAAGAGGUAACACUGUGGGGGGAGGAUGGGGUGAGACUCCAAGCUCUAGGGCUUCACCACUCCUCUCAGCUGGUUGCACUCCAUUGGUACGACUUAGCACUGGAGGGAGUGGCUGAACAUGAGGAACUCUUACACUGUUGUCGCUGGUCAGCCACUAUCCUACAAUGCUCUUCACCAAUGCCUGUUGCUGUGGAGAAGCGUAUACUGCGAGGCUUCAGUUUGUGAUGUGAAGAGUGGUUUCUGUAGCGAGCGUUUACAUUAACUCAGGCUGAGAUCAUUCUCUGUGGCUCACUCUCGCCUGAUGCUCAACGUGGCUAAAUCAGACCGAUGAAGAGCAGCCACGUUUUUACUGGCAUCCUACUUUUUUAUUUUUUUGACGUAUGAGGAAUCGGGAAAUUAUCGGAUUGCACACACGUCCUGUAAAAGACAUUCAUUAAUUUUGCUGCAUUUCUGCAAAAGACAUUUGCUUCAAGCUACGCUCAUGCGCUAAUUAUGCUAAAUUGCUUCCGACAUAGUAUUAACAAGAAUUUAACCAGAACGGCAGAAAUCAAUAAAGAUAAAAUUUGGCAGCAUA